AUGGAUGGAAAUUCUGUCAUCAGUCCUGUCGGCAACCGCAUCUCCGUCUUUGAUUUGAAAAAGAAGUUUGUGAUAACAAAGGAAAAUGUGCCUCUAAUGUAUCAUGCACCUGAAAGAAACCGAGAGUUUAAUGCAUUUGCAUUAGACAAGAGUUAUUAUGGACCAUUUGAUGAGACAACAUGUAUCGACUGGACAGAUGAUUCCAAGUGCUUUGCUGUUGGUAGUAAGGACAUGACUACCUGGAUCUUUGGAGCAGAGAGAUGGGCGAAUCUAAUCUACUACUCGCUUGGUGGCCAUAAGGACAUCAUAGUGGGCUGUUUCUUUGAGAAGGACAGCUUAGAUAUGUACACAGUGAGCCAAGAGGGCACUUUGUGUGUAUGGGAAAGUGACACUGAGCUUGAGGGCUUACAGUAUGGCCCAAAAUACUCUAAAAGAAAGAAGAUGGAGGAGGAGAAAAAAAAGAGAGAAGAAGGGGAAGAAAACAAAGAUGAUGAUGAUGUUGAGGAAAUUAUAGGGGAGGAUGGAGAGACCAGAGGAGAUGUGAUUAAAGGAAGCGCAGAUACACCCAAACAAGUGGAAGGCAUCAAAAAUGUCCGUUAUUCACAGAGGAGUAAACACUAUUUUAACAAGGCGGGUGAUUUCAACAAAUUGACAGCUGCAGCUUUUCACAAGAAAACACACAUCCUUGUGACAGGUUUCGCAUCUGGAGCAUUCCACCUGCAUGAGCUGCCAGAAUUUGACCUCAUUCACUCAGGUUUGGCAUAUAUUUUCCAUAUUUCAGAUCAGAGGAUUUCUACCAUUGCUAUGAAUCCAACUGGUGACUGGAUUGGCUUUGGCUGUUCAGGUCUGGGCCAACUGCUGGUUUGGGAAUGGCAGAGUGAGUCCUACGUGUUCAAACAGCAGGGACACUUCAACAACAUGAACUCUUUGGCUUAUUCACCUGAUGGUCAGUAUCUUGUUACUGGAGGAGAUGAUGGGUAGGUUAAAGUGUGGAACACCAACAGUGGCCUCUGUUUUGUGGCGUUCACUGAACACUCCAGCAGUGUCACCAAUGUUGCCUUCACCUCCAGUGGCUUUGUGGUGGUCAGUGCCUCACUAGAUGGCACUGUUAGAGCAUUUGACCUACACAGGUAUCAGCUGGUACCAUACUUCCGUACCAUGACAUCUCCACGACCGGCUCAGUUCUCUUCUCUGGCAGUGGACAGUAGUGGGGAGUUGGUGUGUGCAGGUUCUCAAGACUCUUUUGAGAUCUUCCUAUGGUCCAUGCAGACUGGACGACUGCUAGAGGUGCUCAGUGGUCAUGAGGCUGUCAGCAACUUGUGCUUCAGUCCAGUCCAGUCUGUGCUUGCCAGUGUGUCAUGGGACAAAACAGUCCGGCUGUGGGACAUGCUGGACAGCUGGCAGACCAAAGAGACUUUGCGGCUCACCUCUGAUGGACUCGCUGUAACGUAUCGUCCUGAUGGUCAGGAGUUGGCAGUUGCCUCUCUGGAUGGUGAGAUCACAUUCUGGAACCCUCAGACUGGAGGACAGACUGGCUCUAUCUCUGGCCGCCAUGACCUGCAGAUGGGCCGUAAAGAAACAGUAAAGAUCACUGCUAAACAGUCAGCCAAGGGAAAUGUCAUGGAGUUCCUCGACAGGCGUAAGAUGACAGAGUUUGGUAGUCUCUCUUUAGUGGAUGAAGGCAUAGGGGAUGGAGACGGAGUGGAGCUCAGUCUUCCUGGAGUCAAGAGAGGUGAUAUGAGCUCCAGACGCUAUAAACCAGAGAUCCGUGUUAGCUCUCUCUGCUUUUCACCUACCGGGCGCAGCUGGGCGGCAGCUUCCACUGAAGGGUUGCUGAUCUACUCUCUUGACGCCUCACUGGUGUUUGACCCCUAUGAUCUAGACAUGGAUGUCAUGCCAGCAAGCAUACGGCAGCAGGUGAAGAAAAAAGAGUGGGCAUCAGCCAUUUUGCUGUCUUUUCGGCUAAAUGAAAUGCCACUCAUAAGAGAGGUUCUGGAGGCAGUUCCUUAUGACCAAAUUACAGUGGUAUGUAGCUCACUGCCGGAUGUGUAUGUGGAUAAACUUCUGAACUUUGUGGCCUCAACAUUGGAAAAGUCCAACCACCUGCAGUUCUACCUCAGCUGGGCUCAGUGUCUGCUCACCCUACAUGGACAAAAGCUCAAGAACCGAUCCGGAGCUGUAUUACCUACUGUACAGCAGCUGCUGAAGAGCAUCCAAAGACACAGUGAUGAUCUGUCCAAACUUUGCGACUGGAAUAUUUAUAACAUUCGUUACGCUGCUGCUCUGUCUAAACAGAGAGGGGUCAAAAGAACAGCAGCAGAAUCCCUCAGUGAUGAAGAGGAGGAGGUGGCAAUGGACUCCGGAGGUGAUGAGGAGAAUAUAAUAGUAGAAAACUGAUCAUAAACACUUCAGCUGAAACAUAACAGAGCCAGGUCAGGACUUGGACAAGCAGCAGUUAUUGUGCAGGUUUAUGUAUUUUGUCAAAUUUGUGCUACAGAGCAAGAACCAAUCAUUUGCAUUCAUUUGUGUUUAAUUUUCCAUUUGUAACACUUACUCCAAUAUAAAACCGACUGUUUCAUGA